AUGGAGCUAUACCAGGUCGAAGGAACUCGUGAGGGAGGGACUGUGACUGUACAUGGUCCCUUUGAGCACGCCCCAGAUCACAGUCUAAGAAGAGUCGACAGCGGAUAUGGCCCUGGCUUGACUGAAGCUCCUGUCGCAGCUCCUGUCUCAGCCCCAGCAAAUUCAAUCCCCGAGGCCAACAACGUCCAUGAUCACCCGGAAGCUGCUGCCGAGAACGGCUCAGGCUCGCCAGCCUCCGAAGCACACGCCGAGGCCACAGAAGCAGCACAUGACGAUUCUCAGCCAUCAUUCUCGGCAUUUAGCAAAUACGAAAAGUUAUUCAUCGUAGUAAUGGUGACUCUUGCCUCGUUCUUCUCCCCUCUUUCCGGUCAAAUCUACUACCCCGUCAUGCCGAUAUUGGUACGAAACUACCACCUCACCCCGGAGUUGAUCAACCUCACAGUCACAACAUAUAUGAUCUUCCAAGGCCUCGCUCCGAGCUUCAUGGGCACCUUCGCCGACACAGGGGGCAGACGUCCAGCGUAUAUCAUUGCCUUCGCAGUCUAUACCGCUGCAAAUAUCGGGCUAGCAUUGCAGAACAGUUUCGCGGCGCUAAUUGUCCUCCGCUGUCUCCAGAGCGCCGGGAGCAGCGGCACUGUGGCCUUUGGAUAUGGCGUUAUCGCAGAUAUUGCAACAACAGCAGAGCGUGGGAAGUAUAUCGGGCCUAUGGCAGCAGGUGUUAUGGUUGCGCCUGCGCUAGGCCCUGUCAUCGGUGGUCUUUUGGCCAAAUUUCUUGGCUGGCGCAGUGUCUUCUGGUUUCUAGUCAUUGUAAGUGGAGGAUAUCUAGUGUUCUACGUGCUUGUUAUGCCAGAAACGGCGCGCAAGAUUGUUGGUAAUGGUCACGCAGCACCAACUGAGUGGUGGCGCAGGUCGAUCAUCCAAUGGUGGUCGAAGAGACAGGCACAGUCUGACGAGGAAGGAAACACUGGCGCAAAAGGAUUCCAGCAGUCCCCGAAUACCGAGAGGCUUAGUUUUCCGAACCCUCUCGAGUCCUUACUCAUCCUGCUGGAGUGGGAUGCCUUGAUCAUCAUCUCAUACGUCAGUAUUGUGAUGUUCUCGAAUAUAGCCCUGCUCACAAGCACUCCCAAUCUCUUUGGUCCCCUGUACGGAUUCAACGAGCUUCAGAUUGGACUGUGUUUCUUGCCCCUCGGAGUAAGCUCUUGCCUCGGCGCAGUCCUAUAUGGAAAAGUCAUUGACUAUAACUACGAGCGAACAGCUCAAAAUCUGGGAUUCCCAGUGGACCGGAAGAAAGGGGACGACUUGCGCAGUUUCCCGAUCGAGCGCGCUCGCCUGCAAACAGUCUUCCCAGUAAUGGCCAUCGGCGUUGCAGCAUUCAUCCCAUACGGCUGGAUCCUGCAGCAAAGAGUACACUUAGCUGCCCCGCUAGUGCUACAGUUUAUCAUAGGCUUCUGUUUCGUUGCAUCCCUUAACUGUCUCAACACACUUCUUGUCGACCUGUUCCCAGAUAAGCCUGCCACAGCUGCGUCGGCAUGCAAUCUUGUUCGCUGUUGCAUUGGUGCCGUGGGGGCUGCUGUCAUUAGCCAAAUGCUGGGUGGCAUGGGAUGGGGAUGGUGUUUUGUCUUCCUUGGUUUGGUUAUGGCUGUUGGGAUGGGGUUGCUAUGGGUUGAGAAUGCGUGCGGGAUGGGCUGGAGAGAGAAGAGAUUUCUCAAGAUCGAACGGAAGAAAAUGCAGAAAGAGGCGAGAGCUGCUGAGAUUCAGAUCGAGGGAAAGGCCGAUGGGGGAGGGCAGAAGGAUAUUCACGUUCGAGAAUUAGUUGCUGGUGCUGGUGCUGGUGCUGAUAUCACUGGAGGAACUGAUACUCGCUCAAACCAGUGA